GAGGGUAAGAGGCAAAGAAAAACUGAUUCACUGUUUUUGUUUGUUUUUUUGGGGGGAGCGGCUUCUAAUAUUUGAUAAAAAAUAUAAUUACAGAGAUCAGACGAAAGUGAAAACAAUAUAGUAAAACAUGGAAGCUAAAUUAAAGCACAAUCAUGGGACUGUUAGAAAAAAUAACAUUGCACGGGACGUCUAUCGUCCAUGGAUUAUUAAAUUAGGAGAAGAGGAGUUGCAGAGGAAAACUAAAGGCCUGAUAAAUAUUUUGAAGGAAGAACAAGUCUUGCAAGCCCAAGAAAAACUCAGGGUGAAGGAGACGGAAGCGCAGCUCAGAUGUGAACUGCAGAAGCUCAGACAAAUGUUCAUUGAAUCUGAUGAAAAGUUGCGACUGCAGAGGAACCAAAUAAGUCAGCUGAGCAUCCAUGUGCAGCGUGAAAGAGCCUCACGUGAACAAGAAAUCCUAAAGGCGAACAAGAAUGAGGAGAGGCUAAAGAAAGAACUGAAUAAGUAUGUUCUGCAGCAAGCACAAGACAAACGUGGGGCGAACGAGAGUGAGGAGCAGCUUAGAGGUGAACUGAAGAAGCUGAGGCAAAUGUUAAUCACGUCUGAUGAAAGGGUUAGGCUGCACAUGAACCAAAUUGAAGAACUGGACAGCCUUCUCCAAAAGAAAACAUGCUCACACAAACAAGAGUUACUGGCGGCAAAGAAGAGCGAGGAGGCGCUCAGGAAAGAACUUCAGAAGUUUGUUCUGUGCCAAGGACGAGGGAAGGAGAGUGAAGAGCAGCUUAGAGGUGAAGUGAAAAAGCUGAGGCAAAUGUUCAUUGCGUGUGAUGAAAAGAUGAAGCUGCUGCUGGAAAAAGUUAAACAGCUGGGUAGUCUUCUACAAAAGGAAAGAGCCUCGCGUGAACAAGAAAUAUCGAAGGCAAAGGAGAAUGAGAGGAGGCUCAGAGAAGAACUGCAAAAAGAAAGAACCUCACAUGAACAAGAAAUACUGAAGGUAAAUGAAGAGAGACCCAAGGAAGAACUGGAGGGGGGAAGUGCCUCAUGUGAACAAGAAAUCCUGAAGGCUAACAAGAGUGAAGAUAAGCUCAGAGAAGAACUGCAGAAGGAAAGAACCUCAUGUGAACAAGGAAUCGUAAAGGCGAUUGAAAAUGAGGAGAGGCUCCUGGAAGAACUGCAGAAGGAAAGAGCCUUGCAUGAACAAGGGAUACUGGAGGCAAACGAGAAGAGGCUCCUGGAAGAACUGCAGAAGGAAAGAGCCUCGCAUGAACAAGAGAUACUGGAGGCAAACGAGAAGAGGCUCCUGGAAGAACUGCAGAAGGAAAGAGCCUCGCAUGAACAAGAGAUACUGGAGGCAAACGAGAAGAGGUUCCUGGAAGAACUGCAGAAGGAAAGAGCCUCGCAUGAACAAGAGAUACUGGAGGCAAACGAGAAGAGGCUCCUGGAAGAACUGCAGAAGGAAAGAGCCUCGCAUGAACAAGAGAUACUGGAGGCAAACGAGAAGAGGCUCCUGGAAGAACUGCAGAAGGAAAGAGCCUCGCAUGAACAAGAGAUACUGGAGGCAAACGAGAAGAGGUUCCUGGAAGAACUGCAGAAGGAAAGAGCCUCGCAUGAACAAGAGAUACUGGAGGCAAACGAGAAGAGGCUCCUGGAAGAACUGCAGAAGGAAAGAGCCUCGCAUGAACAAGAGAUACUGGAGGCAAACGAGAAGAGGCUCCUGGAAGAACUGCAGAAGGAAAGAGCCUCGCAUGAACAAGCGAUACUGGAGGCAAACGAGAAGAGGCUCCUGGAAGAACUGCAGAAGGCAAGAGAGACUUACAAAAUGAACGCACAGUGCACACAUUUACACACUGCUUUUGACACCAUGGAGUGGACAAACAUAUUCAAACAGAAGGAGCAUCUGGAAAACAAAAUUCUUGAAGUCCCAGCCAUCAAGAUGAAGGACACAUUAAAAAGUCAGACUUUUCAGGAGGAGAAUAAGGGUGAAACCGAUAUGGAGCAAGUUCAGGAAGAGAAUGAGGAAGAUUCAGAUACAGAGCAACUUCAGGAGGAGAAUGAGGAAGAUUCAGAUAUGGAGCAACUUCAGGAAGAGAAUGAGGAAGAUGCAGAUAUGGAGCAACUUCAGGAGGAGUCUGAGCAAGAUUCAGAUAUGGAGCAACUUCAGGAAGAGAAUGAGGAAGAUUCAUAUAUGGAGCAAAUUCAGGAGGAGAAUGAGGAAGAUUCAGAUAUGGAGCAACUUCAGGAGGAGAAUGAGAAAGAUUCAGAUAUGGAGCAAGUUCAGGAAGAGAAUGAGGAAGAUUCAGAUACAGAGCAACUUCAGGAAGAGAAUGAGGAAGAUUCAGAUAUGGAGCAACUUCAGGAGGAGAAUGAGGAAGAUUCAGAUAUGGAGCAACUUCAGGAGGAGAAUGAGAAAGAUUCAGAUAUGGAUCACUGUCAGACUGACACUAAAAAGGACCUUUCACUGCAGGCAAAGAAUCAACGCCGUACAGAGAAACCAGACAGCCAGGUGGCGGUCAUCCAGAAAAUAAGAGCAAGCAGCCAGGAGGAUGAAGAUAUGGUAACGUUCUUGUCAAAAAGGAACAUUGAUGGUUACGAAGCCCCCAAACUCCGAAUACAAAUCUGCUCGUCCUUGGAGGACAAGGUGAAUGAGGAGGAGGAGGAGGAGGAGGAGGAGGAAAUGGAGGACAUGAGGUCUGAUCCAACAUCUGAGUCCCCACAGGAGUGUUGCGAACAUACGGAGAAGGUGCCCAAGGUACCAAAGACCUCGUCAUGGUGGAGGAAAUUUGUUACCUCCAAAAUCUGGUAAUGAAGUACAGUUUUCAUGUGAUCAUUUUCAUGUUAUCAUUAUGGUUAUUUUGAUCCAGUUUCUAUAUCAAAACUGUAAAGUGCAUUAUUCCAGGCAGCAGAGCAAUAAACUAAUCCCUAAGCAAAUUUCCUGUGUGUAUACAGGAGUGCAUAUAAUAUCGGACGCAAAUAAAGGUUGA